CAUUCUGUGUCCUAAGGACUUUUCUAGGACAUCCUACAUCUCGAGAAUAUUCUCAGAAUAUUCUACAUUCUAAGGAAUACAUUUCCAGAAUAUUCCUCGGUUAAAGUGUACUGUAUAGGUCAGAGACAUCAGAGGUCAAGCACCGUCAAACGGAACACGAUACUUUGCGCUCGACAAGCCCCGUAGAUGACCGACGCUGAGAAACGCUGAGCUACGUCAUACAGUACUCGGCAUUACGUUGCGCGGUGGGGUACAGUCUCGAGAUAAGCGGUAGUGGUAGUGAUGUGAAACAUUCGUGGGUCGGGGCUGGUUGGCGGCAUCGCCAGGCAGGCAAGCAUUAAGCAGGCAGGCCAAGGGAGCGGUACGGUAGAAGUUAGGUGCGAGACGCGGAGCAAGAGCGGAGGAAACGGCACGGCGCGGCGCGGCGCGGUUUCGGCUUCUCGGCAUCGGCUUCGGAAAUGGCCGCGGGAAAGUAGAGAGCGGAGGCCGGAGCGUUUCGUCGCUGGCUGGCAGGCUGGUUCGGUUGGUCGGUCCGUCGGUUGGUUGGCCGGGUUGAAUCGGUCGAUCGUGGUCCAAGUUUUCGGAGCACCGUGCGCUCGUUUAUCCGGCUGCUCGUUCGGGGCCGCGCGAUCGAUUCACGCGCAUCAGACGAUCUCGCACACCAACAUGAGAUGUGAGAACGGCGCAUCACCGAGGAAACUUGAGAAGACGUUGGAAAACGGAAGCGAUCUCGACGGAGGCGAGGAAUGGCGCUUAGUGGGUAUGGUUCCUUGCUCCAGUCCGGUACGCGAGAAGAGGAUGGCCGGCGACGACGGGACGACGACGAACAAUGAGAUCCUCGGCGCGGAGGGUGGGGAGGAGGAGCAGGGUACGUCAGCGCGAGGGGAACUGCAUUCCAGAGUGGGCGGCAUUCUGGAAUGCGAUCCCCCCGGUAACAGGAAUUCGUCGAACGAGCGACCCGCCGCCACCGCUGCUGCUAACAACGAGGACGGUGUCUGCCGAUAUGCGGUCGGCGCUGCUAACCGCGCUAUGUCUUUCUUCGAGAUGUGCCAGAUUCGACUACAAUAUUUGUUCCCGCAACUGAGUCCACCUCCACGUUACAAUAUCCACGAUGAUUCCAUAGAAUCGACUGCGGAAAUCUUGGCCAAUGAUGUGAUGCGAUACUUAUUAAAGGAGGACAUCUAUCUUAUAUCCCAGGAUCCAGUCUCCCGCAGUAUGAGACACAAUGUAUAUCAAAUGCUCAACAAACACAGCAUUCUCUUUACGAGUAUGGUAAAUCGUUUAAACGUCGUCCCGGAUACCGCUUAUGAAACAUUCAUGGGGGUCGCCAACGAGCUGUUCUUACACGGCGUUAUCACAUGGGCCAGAAUUGUCUGUUUAUAUGCUUUUAUGGGCAGAUUGGCUUUAUGGGCUAGGGACAGAAGAAUGCACAGUCUUAAAAAGAAAUUGCCUUUAUACGUCUCUAGAUAUGUUGGUGAAAAUAUAACACACUUUAUCAAAGGCUAUGGUGGAUGGGAACAAUUAUGUGUUGAGUAUCCUGUAGCCGAAGAAGUUAGUGGAGCAGUUUGGCGGAGUCUACUAAUGACAGGAGCUACUCUUGGUUUGAUCGCCACGAUCUUGUCAGUGACUUCCUGAUGUAACCUUACGGGAUCGUGUGAUCUGAGUAUGUUUUGUUGUCAAGAAGCUUUCGCGUACUUACGUUCUACGAGAACACUUUCAAAUGAAAUGUAAACAGAUUUUUAUAACGAAGGCGCAAUGUUACAUUUCACAUCGGAACGAUUCGAUUCAAACGGAGCGUUUGCUACGUCUAUACGAGAAAUAUGCAAAAUUAACAAGAGAUACAUCAACGCGUUGACACACAAUUUUCAUAUCAAUGUCACUCGGGCUUAGAAUCAUCCUACUUUUUAUAUAACUCGAACAUACAUAGCAUGAGCGACAGACAAUGACGCUAGUUUCCUAUUACAAUACCUUAUAACAGACUAGUGAAAUUAGUAAAAUAUCUUAUUUAAUUCUACAAUAGACAUUUUAUAUAUUAAAGUAAUUCCUAAUAAUAAUAAUACUCAAAAUUUUGAAGAAAUUUUUUAGAAAUUUACGCAACAAGAAACAGGAAUCUCGAAAUUGUAUUGAAUUUAGGUAGACGCAAUCUAUUUAUUUAUAAUUUAUUUUAGGUAGAGAAUAUAUUAAAUAAUAAAUUUUUCGAGUAUUUUUGGUCACAGAACCGAUCGCCACCACACUUUUAAGGAAUAUAUGUAAUACCGAAAAAAAUGAUGGCUACGAACUAUACCAUCAUGUAUAUUCAAAUAAUGGCUACUUUUUUAUACGUUGAUAUAUUCUAUUACACUUGCAAAAAUUUUAUAUGCAUAUUCAGAAUAAAUACUUUUAUAAAAUAAUGAUCGUUCUCCUGUAAUCAUUAUUGUGAAACAAGAGAGAGAUUUAAAAAUGCCUACUACAAAAAUAAUUGUCGAUCAAUAAUUCUCACAAUUCUAUAAAAGAUUUAAUGUCAUUUUCUAUCUUCCGAUUCCGAUUAGUAUUAAAGCAUAUACAAGUGCAUUAUUCAUGUUUGCUACAAAAUUAAUAAUUUCUCAUACACUAUCAAGUAUCGUAUUAUCAAUGGAAGUUUACAGGGUACAGAGCAAGUUAUUGUUAUAAAAAUUUAAAUAUAGUUUUAUGAAGCGAUUUAUA